GACCGCAGGCUACUCAAGAAAAUUUAGGAGCAACUAGUCCACUACUGACCGCUCAUCAUCUAACAGAUUUAUCUGAACUUUUAAACGAGCCGCUUGAACUUUAUAUAAGCGAUAAACGCGGGUGUUUUUAAAUGUGAACGUAAGGAGAAUUUCGAAAAUUUGUGAUGGUUUUGAAUCCGCCUAGUAUGUAUGCGUUGUUCCUAUUUUGUUUCUUAGGAAUAACACCCACUUUACAACACUGUCCGGUAUGGAAAGAAAUUGUUCCUUGUACAUGUAAAAUGGAUGCUGUAAUAAAACUAAUGUCGGUUUAUUGCGAUAAAAUGGAAUCUUUUGAACAUGUUUUGGAAAAACUUCGAGGACAUUUUCAACCAACAGAUAAAGUGUCAUUAAAACUUUCAUUUUCAUCUCUUAGUGAUUUAUACAAACAUUCUUUUAAUGAGCUCAAUGUGACUAUUGAGGAUUUAAAACUCAACCAUGAUGUAAUUGGUUACAUGAAUCCAGAAACGUUCCGAAGCUUGACACGAGUGAAUUAUCUAAGCUUAGCAGAUAAUGAUUUAGAAGAAGUACCUGAAAAACUAUGGACUGAAAUGCCUAACAUAAAAACUUUAGAUUUGGGAAGGACCAAAAUAAAAACCCUUCUCGAAAGCAGUUUUGCCGGAUUAAAACACAUAGAGUGUUUAGUUCUUCCUGGAAACCAGAUAGCCGAGAUGCACCCAAAAUCUAUACCAUCCCAAAUUCAAAGAUUACAUUUGGGGAGAAAUCACAUCAAUAAUUUAAAUAACACAUUAAGGAAUUUAUCGGAAUUGAGAUGGUUGUUCAUAAAUUCCAACCAACUGGUAGAUAUAGACGGUCAAUUACCUCGGUAUGCACCAAAUCUAAUUUUAAUCCACGCUUCUCAUAAUCAACUAGACAAGUUACCACAACAACUGAGGAAUUAUCAAUAUCUCGAGUCAAUUUUUCUUCAUAACAAUAGAUUGACUUCUUUGGAUGGAGCACUGGCUAAAAGUUCGCAUCUUCAACGAGCAGUUUUGGAACAUAAUCAUAUCAACACGCUAACUAAAGAAGACUUCGCCGAGACAUCAAUGCUGGAAUCAUUAUUACUGGGCCAUAAUGAACUUUCAACUUUGAAUAAUUCUCUACUGAAGUUGACCAAACUGAACUUCCUCAACUUAACAUUCAAUAAGUUACAAGAAUUUUCUUUACAAGAAAUUGUUAAUCUUAAAGAUCUGAGGAGUAUAGAUUUGUCGUACAAUUCAAUUACGACUUUAAUAGGACCUCCUGCUAAUCUAGUUGACUGGAAUAUCAGAUUAACGGAGCUCAAGUUGGAUCAUAACUACAUUGAAAUUUUAAAUGGAGCUUUGUCGGGCUUAACAGAACUAUUAAGAUUGAACUUGAGUUUUAAUAAACUUAGAAAAAUUUCACCAGAAGACUUCAUAGGUUUGGAAGAACUACGAUUGCUAGAUAUUUCCUAUAAUUAUCUAACAACAUUGGAAGAGACUAGUAAGACUUACUUACCAAGAUUAUCGGAAUUGAAAGCAAGUCAUAACCAAUUAACAAUAUUGGAGAAAGAUUUCCAUGGGUUACCUGUACUUUGCCAUGCAGAUUUAUCAAAUAAUCGAAUUAUUGCAUUGGGAAGAGAUUUAGUAGCCAAAACGCGUUGCACAUUGGAACACGGAAUUCACGAAGGUACCUGGGAUACGCUAAAACUAUAUCUUCAAGAUAAUCCCAUCCUCUGCGAUGCAGCUUUGCCCGAUAUCGUUUCAAUUAUGGAAACAAACCACACGAAAAUAAUUGGCGUGUCUCAUUGUCCUCCGUUAAGCGAACAACCCACGACAUCAAAACCCAAUGCUUUCCUAGGAUACAUUCCUGAAACGACAAAUUCUCAAAAAUAUUCGACUAUUGAAAGAAACAAAGAUGAAUAUCAAAAUGAAGAACAAUCUAAUCAUGAACAGAAAAACGAUAUACAAACAAUCCAAUCAGAUGCAGCACUAGAUUCUAAGUUACAUUAUAGUAUACAAAAUGAUCCCAGUAUUAUGGACGAACCUUUCAAGGAAGAUAUACUAUUAAACGUUCAACAUCCUCCCCAAAAGGAUCAGCGCUUCAACCCAUUCAAACGUCUGAAUGAUACAUUAGCACAAGCUGAAAUAAAGAGUGAACUAUCACAACAAACCUCACUUUUCGAUCCAGUAAAACAGGGUCAACAAAUAAAUAAAUUAGCUUCGCAAAUUGAAGAGCUCAGGUCUCGAAUCGAUGAAUUAACAUCUCAAAAUAAAAUGUUAAUGAAUCAACAGUUUAAUAAAAAUGACAAUUUAUCUGAGCUUCAAAAACCGUAGAUAAUUUGAGUUGAUAGAUAGAAGAAGAAUCCAUUUCUCAAACAACUUAUUGCUAGUCAUUUAAUGCUAUUUCUACUUAGAAAAUAUUAGUUCAAUAACAAAAAUGGCUUCUUUGAGCAAAUGUCUUUUAGCACGUAGAUAAUUUUAAACGUAAAGAAUAUAGAAAUGCGAACCACGGAGCAAUUAUCUAAGUAAUUAUAUUUACUUGCAAAGCAAUCAGUAUUUCCCAUCGGAAAAUUCAAUUAAUUUACAGUAUCCAGUUUUUCGACGUAUGGAAUACAUUAAAUUCUGAAUCAAUACAUUUAUGGACUUGGACGCGUGUAUAUACAUGGUGUCACACGACAAAAUAAAACUAUCUGUAUAUGGCAAAAUAACACAUUUUUGAAAUCUACGUAAAAAUUUAGUAUACUUUUGUAUAAAAACUGCUUUCCAAAAAUGUAUACUUUUCGAAUUUUUUUGUAAAAAAUUUGACCGUUGCAGACCUUUAUAAAUUAUUUUUUUUCCGGUAGAGCCGGAAGUCUGCCAUCUUUGAAAAUAUUUUAGUUAAAAAAAUCGUAUCUGAAAACCCUCACGUAGAGAUUUUUAUGAUUUUACUAUUUUGCCAUAUACAAAUAGGUUUAACUCGUCGUGGGACACCCUGUAUACUCUAUGUACAUUUCAUAAAAUUGACUUUUACUCUGACGUUAUACUAACCAAAAACACGAAAAGAAUCAAAAUUUAAGGAAGUAAAAACGAAUUUAUCACUGUUAGAUUAGUGUAAUAAUUUUUGCAAUUUGAAUAUCUUCGAAUAGAAUAUUUCUUAUCUGUAUACUAUGGAUCUGUCAGUGGUAUACUCAUAAAAUCGACACACACAUAUUUAAUGUACAUUAUGCUGCUACUUUUAUCACCGAAACGGAUAACUGCAAGUACUAAAUUUCACUUAGAGGUUGUAACUCGAUCUAUAAAAAUAUUUUCUGUAUUACAAAAAUUUGGAUAUCAGAUCAAAAACAUGCUAUUAAAUGAAAUAUGUAUUGUUCCGAUUAAAAAUCUUUGUACUAUUCAAAUAGUCAAAUAAGAAAAUUGUAGGUAAUAAGAUCUACUACUUUUGUAUUCAAACUUCUUUCACAUAACCUCAAAAUUUAUGUGAAAAAUUGAAAAACCCAGUUUUUGAUUUUUAUUUUUAACUUUUGCAAAGAACAUUUUUAUGUUCCAUAUACACAUAUAUUUUUUAUAAAAGAUAAAAAUAAAAAACCAAAAUCCAUUUUUUGAAUUUUUUACAUAAAUUUUGAGGUUAUGUGAAAAAAGUGAGAAAACAAAAGUUGUAGAUCGUCUUAUUACCUACAACUUUGCAAUUUAACUUUUUAAAUAAAACUUAUAGUUUUGCCAGAAA